UUUCUUUUUCCUUCAGUGAAGUAGACUAAUUUUUAAUUCUAUAAACUUAAAUUUUGUAUUAUACAAACAUGGGAAAGAAGGACCCCAACAAGCCCCGUGGAAAGAUGACCGCAUAUGCGUUUUUUGUUCAAACCUGCCGUCAGGAACACAAGAAAUCUCAUCCUGACGAACAAGUGGUGUUUGCAGAAUUCUCUAGAAAAUGUGCUGAACGCUGGAAGGAUAUGAAUACAAAAGAGAAAAAAAUUUUCAAUGACAUGGCUGGUCGAGAUAAGUUGAGAUAUGACAGAGAGAUGGAAGGCUACUGUCCACCAGCUGGCGAAGGAAAAAAGCCACAAAAAAGAAAGAAAGAUCCCAAUGCACCAAAACGCCCUCAGUCAGCAUUCUUCUUGUUUUGCGGUGAUCGCAGAGCUGAAAUCAAGAAAGAAAAUCCUAGCUUCACCGUAGGUGACAUUGCAAAGAAGCUUGGCAAACUGUGGUCAGAAGCAUCAAAAGACAUCAAAGAAAAAUAUGAUGAUUUGGGCAAGCUAGCAAAGAAGCAAUAUGAAAAGGACCUGAAAGCCUACAAGGAUGGACAACAACAAGCUGGAAAAGCUAAAAAACAGAAAAAAGAAGAAUCUUCUUCAUCCUCAUCCUCCAGCUCUUCAAGUGGUAGUGACAGCGACCGAGACAGUGAUUAAUAUGAAUUUUUCGAACAAUUCGGCGAAGAUCGAUAGUUACAAGCGUCAAAGACUCCUCAACUGGUGCUUUCGGCCAUAUUUUAUAAUACACUCGUUUUUUACGAAACAACUGUGUCUGUUGUGUUUUCAACAGUCAUUUUUGAUCUAUGGUUUUCAAAGUAUCUGUCAAUUUCAAGUGUUAUAUAGAGAAAUGAGAGCGUUAUGAUGAAUUUUACAUUCUUUUCUAUUACUCUCAUUGUAAAGUGAAACCAUCCCGCCACUGGUAUAAAUUGUCAGACAUUUCUUAUUGUAUAAGUAAGGGUGUAUGUUUUUUAUCCACUUUUCCCUAUUAUGACCAACACCCUUAAAAGUGAGCUGACAUUUGUGGCCAUGUUGAUUUUUUAAUUUUUUGUUCCCUUUUUUGUGUGAGUUUUUCCAGGUUGAUUUGUUAUUUUUACUGCUAGAAGUUGAGUUGUUGCAUUCACCAUAUGAUUUUGUAUAAAUCAGUUUAGAAGAAAGUUGCAUUUAGAUAUGGGAUAAACUGCCUCUUAAUAUUGUCCAAUGCUAUCUGAAUUCAGAAUUGUAUUUUCACUGGCUUAUCUUAGCAGACCAACAUAAUAAAUGCUGCAUACAUCUCCAAUUCUAAGCUUCCCCUCAAGAAUUCGCUCUGUAUAGUCUUUCAAUCUACAAACUGUUUGAUAUGUUUUCUUAUAUGAAUAUUUGAUUGCAUUUUGAACAUAGAGUGUUCGUUUUUCCAGGAAAUAAAAAUGUGACAACAUUCAA